AUCAAAAGGAUUCCUCGCAAUCUUGAAAUUUCAUAAUUCUCAGCAAAUUAAAAAGAGGAAUCGCUUCAAUUCAAUUCCAUAUUUAUAAGAUUAACUGUGAAGAAGGAGAAUCCAAAGUCCGAUCGUUUUCCAUGGAGGUCGCCGCUGGUUUAGCCGCUUCUUCUUCUUCAUCGUGUUUUCCUCAUGUGACGCCGGCGAAGGCGGGAGUUUCUUUCCGGCGAAGAAGAAACGGAAAUAAUCACCGGUUUGUUGUGGAUUCUUCUUCUUAUUCGGCGGCUGCUGCUGCUUUAGAGUUCAGAGAUAACGGUCAUCUUCAGUAUUACUAUGUGAAGUGCGGCGGCGGAGGCGGAGGGAGUGGUGUUAUAAGUAAUAACAAGAAGAGCAAGGAGAAACUGUCGAUCAAGAAAACUUCGAAAUUGAUUAAAUCUUUAUCGAAGGAUUUGACCUUGUUUUCUCAUAAUUCUGAUCAUAAUGGAUUACUUGAUCAUAAUCAGGCUACGCUUCUCCAGGAAACUGCACAAGGGUUGAUGAAUCAGCUGCAAGAGUUGAGAGCUAAGGAAAAGGAAUUGAAGAUGCAGAAAAAACAAGCCAAGCUUGCUAGUAGGAAUAGAGUGAAGAUGGAUUCUGAAUCAUCAUCGGAAUCCUCAUCGUCGUCAUCGGAAUCCAGCAACAGCGACAGGGAGGUCAUCAACAUGAGGCACUUGAGAAACGGUGCUGUUCCUGUGGCAGAGCCAACGCUACCUGAAAUAAUCCACCAGCUUACUCACCAACAUGUGGAAAAUCCACCAAGCACCAGUGAUGGGCACCUGAGAAACGGGGCUGUUUCUGUUGCAGAUCCAAUGCUGCCUGAAAUCAUCCACCAGCUUACUCACCAACAUGUGGACAAUCCAGCAAGCACCAGUGAGAGCCACUUAACCAGUGUUUGUUGCGGCGCGGGCACGGGAGGAGGAGGAUCAUCAACCAAGAGAAUAGAGGUGUGCAUGGGUGGAAAGUGCAAGAAGUCUGGAGGGGCAGCACUGUUGGAGGAAUUUCAGAGAGUUUUGGGCGUGGAGGGAGCAGCAGUAGUUGGGUGCAAGUGCAUGGGCAAAUGCAGGGAUGGUCCUAAUGUGAGAGUCGCAAGUUUAGAAGAUACAAUUGCACCCAAACCUCUCUGCAUUGGCGUAGGUUUGGAGGAUAUAGAUGUUAUCGUUGCCAAGUUCUUUGGGGAGGAUCAUAAUACCUUGGCUCUGGCUCCCGUCUCUUAACACUGCCUGUGUUCUUUCAUAUUUUUGUGUGCAUUUGUAACUAUUAAUUAAUGGCAAACCUUUGAUUAAUAAUAAUGCAGUUUUACUCGAGCUAUUACAAACAAA